AUGUUACCAAGAUUAGAAACUUUUAAGGAAGUAGUUUUUUGUCAAAGACUGUUAGCAUUUAAUCAAACCUUUGCUCCGAUAGGAAAAUCUAAUACAAAUCCAUACGCUGUUUUAUGGCACGAAGCCAUAGCUGGCCGUAAACAAGAAGGCAUUAUUAGUGCCUUUAAUGUUUUUCUUAUGCAGAGUCGAGUACAUAAUUUCAUUGAUUUGUGGCUAGACAAUUGCGCGGCUCAAAAUAAAAACUGGCUAUUGUAUUUUUACCUAGUCUACAUUAUAAACUCCAGCGAAAUCAGUGCCAAGCAAGUUAACCUUAAUAAUUUUGAAUCCGGACACACCUUUAUGAGUUGUGACCACUUCCAUCACCAAGUGGAACUUUCAAUGAAAAGAAAAAAGAAACUCCACGAUUUUCAAGACUUUAUUGAAGCAGUGUCUGCUGCCAAUUCCGCAAAAGUGACUGUUAAGGAAAUGAAAACCUUCUAUUUCAUUAACGUUAUUGACUAUACAUCUCUAAGAAGAAUCCAAACUUCAAACCCACGUGCGUAUAUGCGAAUCGUGGUGCAAGUAAUAUUCAAAAGAGGAUCGUUUAAUUUGUUUUACAAAACUGACUUUGAUGGAACAAAUCCAAGAGGCAUAAAAACUUCAAGAAAAGAGAAUAUACUGAAAAAACUUAGCAAAUUUAUGCUGCCUUAUAAGCAAACGUUUUGGAAAAAUUUACCUACCAAUGACAAUGAAAAGACUGAUUCUGAUGAGGAAUGA